UUCGUUAGCUAUGGCUAAAGGUGAAAGUGGAGAUUUAUGCAACAUCUUUCUUGGUCCAAAAAGCAGCUUUUGUGGCAGCUUUUACAAUGAAGACUUUGACAAGUUGUCUCUGUUUGUAGACUUUCAAAAAGAUAUCACCAGAACAUGCAGUCAAACACAGUUAAAUGAAGAUAGUGUACUUUGGGAUGGAAAAGUGACAAAAAUUGAUUCUGGUGAAGAACAACUGAAAGAUGUUAAUCCUUAUUCACCAAAUCCUGAUCAUCAUUGGAGUCGAAUAUCUGGAAAAUCUGAUAAAAAAGUGAUUGAACUUCAGUAUUGCAACUAUUUUGAAAGCUUUCACAGUGGAUUGAACUUCUUUGCUGAAAGUGAUCUGGGUGAAAUCUUUGAAGACAGAAUUCGCUAUCAAAUAGAAAAAAGUGACAUAUUCAGUGGAUUUGUCAGCAUCUAUGAUGCAAACACAGGGUAUUCUGGUCUUCUUGCAGGGUUACUACCUCUUCUUGAUGAUGCAUUUGGCAGAAAACCUAAAAUGAACUUUGGAGUUGGAGCAGAAAAGCCAAGCAUUUUUGAACUUGAAGCUGUGACGAAGGGAUCUGUUUGCUCAUUUCUGAAUUGGUGCAGCUUUAAAGAUGUUUUUAGAGGAUUACUUUGUCAAGACACUGACUAUCACACUAGUGCUGUUUUGUCUUUAUUCUUUCAACAAGUGCUACGAAUUCCUCAAAAGGGCACCGAAUUCAAGGAUUUAACUACUUUCUUAUCACCUCUCUCAAGGAAUAUCUUCACAUCAAAUUUAGGUGUCCCAUUUGAUGAUCCAGAUGAUAGAGGUUUAUCAACGUUGUUCAGUUCACAAUUCUUAGCUAAGAACAUUACACCUCUCUCAUUGUUCUGUAAGCAGAUGUCCCUGCCACUCCACUAUACCUAUAUGUCUAGCUGUGGAGUGUCCGGUAUUCCAAAUACCCACACAUUCUUCUCUACCCUCUCCCAGCUGACCUCCACUGAGCAAGUGUUCGGAAGCACUACUCGCUACUGUUACACACCACAAUCUCUACCGCUACACGCUUACUAUCCACAGUUCUUUAACGAUAAAAUCCUUUCCAAUGGACGCUUGCGAGCACCACACCAGAAAGUCAGAUCUCAGCCAGUCAAGGAAAUUCCUGUAGUAUCUCUACUUCAAAACAAUCAGGAGCCUCUACAGCUUAUCGCUCAGGUUUUAUCAACUUCUGUUAAAGUGAGUGAAAGUCCGGAGCUCCUUACAGCUGGAAUACUGCAAGAUGAUGUGUCCAAUAUCAGGCAGACUCUCAAUGAACUCGCUGAUAAUUACUCUUUAAACUGACUCUCAUGUUAACUUUUAGGUUUUCUCGUAAAGGAAGUUAUUUUCACGCAAUUAAUCUUGUUGGUGAAAAGAACUUGCAUUAUAUUGCCAGUCAACAGCACAUCAAUUUUACUGUCAUCUUGUUUCCAAAUUAAAUUGAGCUUUAAAGAUACAGACCUGACUGUGCUGGUUGUAACAGGGGGGGGGGGAUCAGGUACCAAGUGAUCCCCCGACAGGUGCUGAUUAGUGGUUGUAACAGGGGGGGGGGGAUCAGGUACCAAGUGAUCCCCCGGCCCGACAGGUGCUGGUUGUAACAGGGGGGGGGGAUCAGGUACCAAGUGAUCCCCCGACAGGUGCUGAUUAGUGGUUGUAACAGGGGGGGGGGGGGGAUCAGGUACCAAGUGAUCCCCCGACAGGUGCUGGUUGUAACAGGGGGGGGGGGGGGAUCAGGUACCCAAGUGAUCCCCCGACAGGUGUGGUUGUAACGGGGGGGGGGGGAUUUAGGUACCAAGUGAUCCCGACAGGUGCUGGUUGUAAAAAGGGGGGGGGAUCAGGUACCAAGUGAUCCCACCGACAGGUGUGGUUGACGGUUUUUAACGGGGGGGGGGGGGGGGGGGGAUCAGGUACCAAGUGACCCCCCAAAAGGGAUUUGUGAUGAAAGGGUUUGUAUUUAUUGAAGUUUUUGUUUGGGUUUUUUAUUUUUUC